AUGGCUGCAUUUUUGAAGAAGCCCUUGAAGCUAGCUUUAGCUAUUAAUCUCUCCCACGCCCGGAGCAAGGUCCUCGAGGCUGCGCAAGCUGGCGCACGCCUGAUUAUCCUCCCAGAAUGCUUUAAUUCCCCCUAUGGCACGCAAUACUUCCCGAAAUUUGCCGAAACCCUUCACCCUUCUCCGCCCACGAAGGACCAGUCGCCCUCAUUUCAUGCCCUGUCGGCGAUCGCCGCCGAGGCGAAUGCAUAUCUUGUUGGUGGCAGUAUCCCAGAGCUGGAGCCCAGCACCAAUAAAUACUACAAUACCUCGCUGGUCUUUUCCCCAUCUGGCUCUCUGAUUGGCACACACCGCAAGACUCACCUGUUUGACAUCGACAUCCCGGGGAAGAUCAAGUUCAAGGAGAGCGAUGUGCUGUCGCCCGGCAACGAAUUGACGGUUAUUGAUCUCCCAGAAUAUGGCAAAAUUGGUCUCGCUAUCUGCUAUGAUAUUCGUUUCCCGGAGUCUGCGAUGAUCGCCGCUCGUAAGGGCGCAUUUUUGCUCGUCUAUCCGGGAGCCUUCAACACCACCACUGGGCCCCUGCACUGGUCGCUUUUGGGCCGUGCCCGUGCCGUUGACAAUCAAACUUAUGUGGCGCUGUGCAGUCCAUCUCGAGAUAUGGAGGCGACCUACCAUGCCUAUGGUCACAGCCUGAUUGCGGACCCAAGCGCGAAGAUUCUGAGCGAAGCGGAGGAGAAAGAGACAAUUAUCUACGCUGACCUGGAUAAUGAUACCAUUGUUAGCACUCGCAAAGGAAUUCCUAUUUACAACCAGCGACGAUUUGAUGUGUAUCCUGACGUGAGUGGUGAAGGCUCAAAAUAG